ACUCUUCUGUGGGACCGUUUAUUCGGAGUUACUGUUUCCAGACGGAAGACGUUUUAAGGCGGACCCUGCCAGUGCAGCCCUGCACAAUAUGGCGGAGUACUUUCAAGUAGCCCGGAGGGCGCUGCAGCAGAUCCGGGGACAAGGUGGAAUUGUCGGGUCCUUCUGGCAGCUGCUCAGAUCUGCUGACCUAAAAACUGGCGCUCUUGUUGGAAUUGACAAGUAUGGCAAUAAAUAUUAUGAAGACAAGAGAUACUUCUUUGGACGUCACCGAUGGGUAGAAUAUACAAUAGAGAUGAAUGGAAAAUAUACAUACUGGAAUAUUGAUGGAAGCAUGGUACCCCCUGAAUGGCAUCGCUGGCUGCAUUGCAUGACUGAGGAGCCUCCAUCUACUCACCCUCCCACCACUCAUAAAUAUGUAUGGAAGAAUCACAAAUUCAAUCUUAGUGGCACUGCUGAACAGUAUGUACCAUAUUCUACCACUCGCAAGAAGAUUGAAGAAUGGGUUCCUCCUAGGCCAUCCCAGAAUUAACAGUACAUUGUAGUAAUAUACAGUAUUUAAUAAAAAAAAAAAAUUUCCUUCCAAUUAUGAGCAAGUUUUAUAAAUCAUGUAUCUCUUAACUUCUGUCUUAAUGAACAGCUUAGUCUGUGGUGGACUGAUGUCUUGAGUGAGAUAUCCAGAUAUAUAAAUGUAAUGGACAAGUAAAAUGGACUAUGAAAGUAAAGCUGGGUGGACAUAAUGCUAAACCAGUAUGUUGUUUUUAUAUGUCAGACACCUGUGAAAAGCAAUUUCCCCAAAUAUCGCUAAGGCUCCUGUCACUUUAUAACCUAUAUAAAAACUACUGACUUUUCUGUUUCCCUGCUUACGGUAUUUAACAAAUUUAAGGGGUUAUUGAGCAUAAAACUUUUUUACCCUCUUAAGGAUACAGGCUGUACAUGUACGUCCUGUGUCUGCUCCUGUUGUUUGAAAUGCGCUCAGCAACCAGGACCCACGGCUAAUGCCAGACAUCGCUGAUUGGGCCGCUGUCUGGCAUUAAUCUUUUAGACCCAGUAUCUAAAAGUGGUAAAAACACAUGCCAGAUAGCUCAGAGUGCUGAUUGGGACUGCUGCAAUGAAUUUGUGGGGUCCUGAUCAGCUGUUAGGAUGGGUGGAGGUCUCCUACCUGGAUCUCUCGCUCCCUUUUUGCAGGAAGCCAUGACAUCCUGUAGUAACAGAGCACUGAUACCACUGAUCAAUGCUAUGGCACAGCAUUUAACAGUGUAUGCAAUCUAAAAAUUGCAUGCAACAGUCCCCUAUGGGGCCAAAAAAUUGUGAAACAAAGUUAAUAAAUGUGAAUAAGCCCCUUCACCUGAUAAAAGUAUGAAUCACUUCCUUUUCCCAUUUUUUUUUUUAAAUAAUGUAACGAAGAAUAAACAUAGUAACAUAGUCCAUAAGGUUGAAAAAAGACCAGAGUCCAUCAAGUUCAACCUAUAAUCCUAAUGAGUCCCUACUGAGUUGAUCCAGAGGAAGGCAAAAAGAACCUCAUCUUAGGGUAAAAAUUCCUUCUCGACUCCAAAUAUAGCAAUCACAAUAAAUCCCUGGAUCAACCUUCUGUCCCUAUAGAUCUAGAAUCCAUAACCUGUAAUGUUGUUGUUCUUCAAAAAUGCAUCCAGGCCCCUUUUGAACUCUUUUACAGAGUUCACCAUGACCACCUCCUCUGGGAGAGCGUUCCAUAGUCUCACUGCUCUUACAGUAAAGAACCCCCGUCUGUAGAAACCUUUGUUUUGUCCCUCAAGACAAAGAGGAUGUCCCAUUGUUAUAGAUACAGUUCUGGGUAUAGAUAGAUCAUGGGAGAGAUCUCUGUACUGUCCCCUGAUAUAUUUAUACAUAGUUAUUAGGUCACCCCUUAACCUUUUUUUUUUUUUUUUUUUCAAAACUAAAUAAACCCAAUUCUGAUAAUCUUUCUGGCUACUGUAGUCCUCCCAUUCCCCGUAUUACCCUGGUUGCCCGUCUUUGAACCCUCUCCAGCUCCCCUAUAUCUUUCUUGUACACUGGUGCCCAGUACUGUACACAGUAUUCCGUGUGUGGUCUGACUAGGGAUUUGUACAGCGGAAGAAUAAUUUAUUGGUCGUGGGCAUCUAUGCCCCUAUUGAUGCACCCCAUGAUUUUAUUAGCCUUGGCAGCAGCUGCCCGACACUUGUCGCUACAGCUAAAUUUACUAUUAACCAAGACUCCUAAAUCCUUUUCCAUGUCAGUCGUCCCAAGUGUUCUCCCAUUUAAUACAUAACCCCAGCCUGGAUUUUUCAUUUCCUCAUGUGCAAAUUUUACAUUUAUCUGCUUUGAACCUUAUCUGCCACUUCCCAGCCCAAACCUCCAACCUAUCCAGAUUCAUUUGUAACAGUGCACUGUCCUCUAUUGUGUUGACCACUUUACAGAGUUUAGUAUCAUCUGCAAAGAUUGCUACUUUACUAUACUUGUGGUCGAGGCUACAACGUGACCAGCUGCCUGCGACUAAUCACUACAACAACACACAAUAUUGGUAAUAACGAUAAACCAUAAUAAGGAUAGUGAUAAUGAUAACGGUUAUAACAAUAACCACAGUAAUGGUAACAGUAAUAACGAUAACCGUAAUAAUGAUGGCAGUGAUAAUACCGUAAUAACGAUAACCAUAAUACCGUAAUAACGAUAACAGUAAUAACCAUAACAGUAAUGACUAUAAUCAUAAUAAUACUACAAAUGACAGCAAUAAUAAUACCUAUACCAUGGAAUAUACAAAUAAUAACAGGAAUAAUAGCAUACUUACAGCGGUUAGAAGUGUGCUCAAAACCCCAACGGUGGGCACGCCUAUAGGGGCCCAAAAAAAACGUGGUAGUAAUCAGAAAACCAAUUAUCGCUUACCUUGUUCAAAUACUCAACCUUGAAGAAUAGUACAGAAUACCAGGAACCACAUAACGUAUACCUUGCGCGUUGAGGUGCCAGGGGCGUACAAAAGCCUGUGUAAAAUCUAUUCGACUGGCUGUAAAUGUUGUAUCUGUACGAUUGAUGAUACUUAACAUGAUCGUUAGUAGUAAGCUAUAACCUCUUGCAGGGCCCCGUCCAUAAAGGGACAAAAAAUAAAAAU